UCAACCUUGUCCUGUUUACACAGGAGACAUGUUACACAGACCCUGGUGGCAAAUAUUGUCCAACCACGGAGACAGAAGCAGGACAGAGCGAGGACCAGGACACACCGAGACAUGUUCUUCACCACCCGGUUCUACCUGCUGCUACUGGGGCCCGGCCUGGCCGCUCUCCUCCCCCCCCCCGCUCAGGUCCAGACUCAUCGGUUCUCCAGUCACGGGGAGGAACUUCCUCCUGCUCUCCCGACCACGCAGAGCUACGCCAGGGGGCAGCUGGGUGACGGCGCCCACCUGGAGCUGUUGGUGGUGGUGGGUCCUGACGUGCAACAGCUCCACCGUCAGGACACGGAGAGAUACGUCCUCACCAACCUCAACAUCGCCUCGGAGCUGCUGAGGGACGUGACCCUGGGGGCCGACAUGAGGGUCCACCUGGUCCGACUGAUCGUGCUGUCGGAGGCGGAGCCCGAGAUCCAGCUGUCUCCGAACAUCAGCUCGUCCCUGCGGAGCGUGUGCGACUGGGGCCGGAGGAUCAACCCCCCCGACGACACCGACCCGCUGCACGCCGACCUGCUGUUGUACAUCACCAGAUACGACCUGGUGUUGCAUGAUGGGAACAAGCAGGUGAGGGGCGUGACCCGGCUGGGCGGGGCCUGCUCGGGCGAGUGGAGCUGCGUGAUCACGGAGGACACGGGCUUCGACCUGGGCGUCACCAUCGCGCACGAGAUCGGACACAGGAAAAUGUUGAUCAACUCUGUCGCCCUCUGCUGUUCCAGCCUGAGGGGUGCGGCCUGUCUGAGGGACCUCCCUGCAGUGAGCGGCUCCAUCCAGGACUCCAAGCCCGGUCUGUACUACGGCGUGGACGACCAGUGUCGUGUAGCCUUCGGUCUGCGGGCCAGAGCCUGUCCCUUCACCACCCAGGACCUGCCCACCUGUCGUGUCCUGUCCUGUCAGACCAACCCUGACGACCACAGCUCCUGCAGACGUCUUCUGGUGCCCCUGCUGGACGGAACAGAGUGUGCACCUCACCAGUGGUGUCUGAAGGGUCUCUGUGUCAGACCGGACCACUUCUCCUCCUCUGUGGUCCAUGGUUCCUGGUCCAGCUGGUCUGAGUUCUCCCCGUGUUCCCGUACCUGUGGUGGGGGGGUCACUCAUCGUACCAGGCAGUGCAACAACCCGAGACCGGCCUUUGGAGGAACUGAGUGUCAGGGUCUGGACCUGGAGGCCGUACUUUGUCAACAGCAGUCAUGUGACUCCACUCAGCUGGACUUCAUAGCAGAGCAGUGUUCUCAGACGGACCCCCAGCCCCUCCACCUGCAGCCCGCCGCCGCCUCCUUCUACACCUGGGUCCCCGCGGUGGGGUUUGCCCAGGGGGAGCAGCAGUGCAGACUGCUGUGUCAGGCCCAGGGAGAGAGCUUCAUCGUCAGCCGCGGGUCACAGUUCGUGGACGGGACCCGCUGUGACCCCCCCGCUGCCCCCCCCUUUGGCUCCACGGCUGCCUGUGUGCGGGGCAGAUGUCAGCUGUUCGGCUGUGACGGCGUGUUGCAUUCUGGGAAAGUCUGGGAUGUCUGUGGGGUCUGCGACGGAGACCAGAUGGACAGACAGACGGACAGACAGAUGGACGUCCAGAUCAGAUCAAAUCUCGUUUUUUUACAGGUCUAUCGUAAAUACGGCCCAGAGUACGGAGACCAAACCAACCCAAACAUCUCUUACCAGUUUUACCUUCCUGCCAGAGAGAGGGAGUCAGCGGACAGCGCCCCCAGAGGCCAGUGGGUUCUACAGCAACUGCCCUGCUCCGUCUCCUGUGGACGAGGUAUACAGAAGUACACGUACGUGUGUACAGGUGAAAACACCAGGUGUGAGUCUCCUGAACCAGAACGUCCCCCUCAGACCAGCUGUCUCCUCCCAGCCUGUCCACCCAGGUGGGAGGCAGGCAGGUUUGGACCCUGCAGCGCCCCCUGUGGCGGAGGACGGGGAGGGCGGCCAGGCGGGGGAAAGAUUUCAACGUUUCUGUUGUUUUCAACCUCCGGUGCACGUCCUCACAGGUGGAGCGUGUCGGAGUCUGCGAACUGUUCUGCAGUCUGUGGGCCGGGACAGGCCAGACGUGUGGUUAGGUGUGUCCAGACGAAGGCAGGUCAGGACGUGGAGGUCGACCCCGGCUUGUGUCUGCAGCUUCGUAGACCACCUGACUCUGUACCCUGUGUGGUCGACGUCUGUCCCAUCAGGUGGGAAUCUGAAGGAGCGGACCAGCCUGCGCCCAGGUCCGGUCUGUCCCAGUCCACAGACACCCCUGUGUACGUCUGGAGUCCUGUCGUCGGCCAGUGUUCCAAAACCUGCGACGGAGGAACGCUGCAGGUGUGGUUUUCCUGUGUGGACCAUCAGACCAGGUUGGGGGUUCCAGACCUCUUCUGCGACCCGUCCUCCAGACCUCCUCCUCAGUCUGAGAGCUGCGGCGCGGCGUCCUGCCCGGCCACGUGGCGAUCCAAGGAGGGAGCCUGCAGUGUAACGUGCGGAGGGGGCGUGGCCAACAGGGUGCUGUACUGCGCCCGGGAGACGGAGACGGGGGAGACGGUGGUGGUGGAUUCGGAGUGUGGCGAGUCGGAGAAACCCGCAGCUGUGGGGACGGGGAGUGUACACAGCGGUUGUGACCUCGGUGCGAUUGUCUCCACAGAGGAUUACGUGGUAUUUUUUGACCGCCUGACGUUCAUCAGGAAGUGCGUGCAGGUCGCAGGUACCGAGCUGACCACUAGGACCAACAUCCUGCUGGUCCGACUGGACCUGCGGGUUCCUGGGAACGGGAUUGUGUUCACCUACAAGUCGGAGAAAAACACAAAGAGGAGCCACCACCGGGACUGUGACGUUCAGCUGUUUGCCCCUAGUGGUGACUUUGAAAACCCAACGACGUCCAACACCAAUCACACCUGUCGAGUGCUCGUCAACGCCCCCCUGGUGAAGACCAGGAUCCAGGCGCUGCACAUGGGACUGCCCUCCAACGCCACCACCCCCCCGUCCACCUUCAUCUCGCUCCGGGACACGGACGUCCUGAGGACAAACGUCUUCCGAGGACCGCGGCUCUUCGUGUGGCAGUCGUCUGGAAACAUGGCUGAGGUGGAGUUCCACGGAGAAUAACUGCGUUCCAAAGGAAGCUUCCGGGCCGAAUAUUCCUUCAUAAAUCUUUAACGUUAAAUUCACUCAGUAAAAAGGAGAUGUAACACAAGAGGGCGAGGCAGAGGGGGGAGAGCAGGGGAGAGUGGGGGAGAGUGGGGGGGGGUUCUAGUCCAUGAUGUAAACCCAUUUACACUGACAUUCCUAGUGUAUUUUGUUUAUUCUUUCGAACGGUGAUGCGUUAGAUUAGCAAUUAUAUCUUAGCUAGCUCAACAAUGACAAGUAAAUAAAUAUGUGGUGUGAUCGCCC